AUGACUUCCCUCACCAACCCGUCAGCUCCCGAGCAGGACGCGGACGUAGCCUCGCUUGCCGAGUUCCUGGCUCCUCUUAGUAUUCACCUUGAUCCAAACGAGGUGGGAGAGCCAGUGCAGCACGAUCAUGGCUCUUUCCGCAUACUCUCUCAUUUCUCUCAUCCAGUCGUCAAUCGCGCCCUGGUAGGCGCAGAUCAGAAUCAGACGGCCCCAAAAGGGACAGUGCCUACCGGGCUUGAGCUUGGCAAAGCUGCCAUCAAAGCAGCUCAAUACCAGCUCGCACUGCACACCGCCAAACGUCGCGCGGAUCGCAUCCUCGUCCUGCAAGGUCCUGAUGCACCAGGCGCUUCUCAAGAGCAAGCCUUGCCCUCUGCUUCUGGCGCCGGCUCUGGGCAGGCCACGGCAAGGGAGACUCUCUUUGCCGCUGCUGCUCGAUCUUUAGCCGAUAGGUUUGGCAGCUCACCUCAGAGCGAUGCCGCUCUUCUGGAAGAAUUGAAAGAGGAGAAUGCAGUUGUGCUGCGUCGAGCUGCCGCGUUCUGGACUCGUCUGCCAUUUCCCGUGCUGCUCGACCUUGGCGUCACCUCUGGAAAAAUGGAUGUAGACUUGGACGAGUGGUGAGAGCGCAGAUCUGGCUCUCAGGAGUACUGCGCUGCCGAAGAUGGCUGACUUGUCUUGCUGCGAUUCGCUGCGCUACACAGGAUCAUGAGCAAUGAGAGAUAUAUGCGAGCUCUCCUCGCCCUAUCAGACCGCGAUCUCCACAAAGAAGCUGGAGAAGAGACGCAGCAAGAGGCGCACGACUUGGAUGAUGGGGAAGACCAACGCAAACGGUGGCAGUCGUACAUGUUCCGCCUCUCUGCGCCCCAUGCCACGCAAAUUUUUGGCCCUUUGAACGCCGAUGGAAUUCACGAUGUCCAACGACCAGCCCCAGAAUCGCUACCGGGCAUGCGGAUUCUAGAUGCCAAGAGAGCUGAGCAAGUACGCGUCAGGGGCAUCCAAGAAUUCCGCUCAGCGUUUGAUCGCAUUACCAAUGACGCUCUUCGAGGUCUGAAUUGGGACAACGUAUUGGUCGCCGGCGGCAUCGUUCUAGCUUCCUUGAUGAACAUCGGGACGGAUGAAGAGGCAGCGAAGAGUUCCGACAUUGAUCUGUACAUCUAUGGCCUCAAUGCUGAACAAGCAACCGCAAAAAUGAUGCACAUAGAGCAAGUUUUCGCUCAAAAUCUGCCAUCCAGAGGCGCCAGCAGUCCUGCCGACAGCUCGGACGCCAAAUUCGGCGUCCUUCGUAACUCCAAAACGAUCACACUUGUACCCACGUACCCUCAUCGUCGGGUCCAAAUCAUUCUCAAGUUGCUCAGCAGCCCCAUGGAGGCUCUGCUCAACUUCGAUCUCGAUCCUGCUGCAGUUGCGUACGACGGGAGCGAGGUCUGGAUGCUUCCGAGGGCAGCGCGGAGUAUCGUCACUGGCUACACUGUGUUCUCGAUGGAUCUCAUUCAAGGCGAGAAUGAUGCCGAGGUAUGCGUUGAAAGCGCAGACGCUUACUUCUCCCGUCGACGGCAGGUCACUUUCUGAAUGAUCGCAAAGCUACUCAAGAUCAAAGAAUUUUCAAGUAGGUGUUGGGCGAGACUAUCAGAGCAAUCAUCACUCGUCUGACAAUGCAAUCUCACAGGUACACCAAAAAGAGUGGCGGCUUCGGAAUACGCUUCUUGCCUGCGUACGUGAAUGCUGAGCUUUGCCAGCCCACGGACGAGGCGUCGAAUGUCAAUCAAAAGCCGUUGCUGGAAUUGGUUUUUGCAGCAGCGCGCUCCUCCGUGUCCUGGAUGGCCAACGAGUGGUUCGAAAGGUCGACACGAGACGGCGUUGAAUUAACAGCACUUCGCCCCUUCGAAGUAACCACGCGCACUCAGAUGGUGCCUGAACCAGCCAACCGGAGCUCCCUUGGGUGAGCUGUCCCGCUUCGUCAGUCGUACAUUUGGGCAAUUCUGUCACAAAGCUUACAGGAGCAAUGCACAGGUCAUGCGAGCUCUUUGCACGUCAUGUUGCGCUUUGGGAAUUGGAAAAGGAAGGUUUCAUCCACUCGAUUUCGGAAGACAUGUGGGCAGAGGAUCAAUACGGAGAAGAUCCCGAAGCUUAUCACGACGGUCCAGAGGUGAUUUGGAACAAGGACUUCACGUUGGAUAAGCUCAGGAAGAGCACAGUCAAUCAUGCCAAGGUACGAAGUACCUCGAUCAGCCAGCUUGGUAUUCUGACUUACGCCAUGCCACCUCUGUUCCCUCAGAAAGAUGCGACAAGAUUGUACGACUAUCUACAAGACGAAGGCGUGCUUCCUAUGCUAGACGCUGGAUACUACUGGAUACCGACGGAGAGCAAGGAAGACAGAGGCAAACGUCGCAAAGGUGACCAUGCUUUGCACUCAAAGACCGCAAAAAGCUGCAGCUGACACAACCUAAGGUCGUAACGUGAAGCCUUCAACGAUUCACUGGAGCCUAGAGCGUGGCUUCAGCGAUGUGUAUUCGCCUCAAGCAUCGCGGACGCUUUCAGCAAGCCUUUGGUAUCUGCCAUCGUAAGUCUAGGAUGUCAAUACUGUGUGGGGUCAGCCUGGUGACGCUCUUGUUUGCAUCCUCCGUCGAUGCCAGCAAUUGCCAAAGAAUCUGUUGCAGCUGGCUCGAGCGAUUCUACCUGCAUCUCCCUCGCAGUUGCGAGAAGUCGUCAAGGCCGAGCAUCGUGACGCGGGCAGCGACUAUUCCUUAGUGUACUGGGAACACACCCUCGAGACUGCUUGGCAGCUUCAGGAUCGCGCCAGAGACGAGUGAGUGACAACUCCGGCAGAAAGUUCGAUAUGGACUCACUGGCGCUCACCAUGCACACUUUCCCAAUUUCGCAUCCAAGGUUGGUGGAGCUAUGUGAGUAAAGGUCCAGCAUCGAAAGAAGCACGCAUAUCUGAGCUUGCUACUUCUUUUUGGGACAGUGCACGCGUUUCGUCGAGCGCACUCCGACAUGCGACAAGACUUGCGCACUCGCGAGCGACAAGUCGCCCGCCAGGUCUCACGCCGAGCCGUGCGCCCUACUAGAGAAGAUGAGCUGUCAGCUUUCAAAUGGUGGCUGAAUUUGAGACCCGCGGUGAGGAUCAACGUAGACUCGUUCUAUAGGGUUGGAGCCCGUCACUGACGCGAUCUGAGGUCUAUGUAGUUUGCUGAUUCCCAUUAUCAGCAGGUGCGCCCAAGAACAUCGAAGAUUGUUCUGAAAACUGUGACUGACCCUCCUCUGAACUCUGUGGCGACAUCUGUCGGAACGCUCAGGACGAGACUUGGUUUAUGUUGAACCUGCCUAGAGAAUUUCUGGCCAACAGAUUCGACAUCGCGGAUCGAGAGGCGAUCGCGGAGGCCUUUGAGGAAGCGCGGUGGUACAUCGACUCGGACGACUCCGAUCAGAAUUUGUUGGACUCCAUUCGAAAGGACAUACGUCACAAGACCACCUAG